AGUUCUGUAUGAAUAUGUAGAAGAUUUAGCAAGAGGGAUGGCUUGUGAUUCACAGAGUAAUUGAACGGUUCUAUCUGUGUAAGGUUGAGCAGUUUUCCUUGGAUUAUUUGUUACCUCUACUGAAUCAAAGGGAAUGAAGGGCGGGCCUGGUGCAGUGGUAGAAUCUGUCCACUUGUGGCCUGGAGGUCCUGGGUUCGAACCAACCUCCUUGCAGAAUGUUAUGCAAGGGGAAGGACCAGUAUGCUCCGCAGCAAAGUUUUGCAGAAGACUAAAGAGAGCUUGAGCACAUCGAAGAAGCACAAAAGAAGAUUUACCCCCUCAGUUUUUGAAUCCUGAAUUCUCUAGCUUGUAGAAGAAGAAAGCCGGAAUUAUAGAUAGAAGAGGACAGACCACAAGCAAGUUUCCCACCAAAAUACAGUCUUUGGCAGUAUGGCUCCGAAAAAUGUGAUCCGUUUCAUUUUGGUGCUGAUCCAUGUGAGCAGUUGUUUGGGUAGAUCAGGGAAAAUGUUUUCUCCUAGCUUUAUCUCAGUGGCGAAGUCAUUGUCAAGCUGGCCAAUUUUCAGUGCAGGGAUAUCUGUAACUGUUUCACUUGUUCUGUCCUUGUUUCUAACUUUCGAGCAUCUCUGCGCUUACCAUCAACCUGAGGAGCAGAAGUUCUUGAUUGGUCUCAUUAUGAUGGUUCCAGUAUAUGCUGUUCAAUCAUUCUUCUCAUUACUGAAUUCAAAGGUUGCUUUCAUCUGUGAGAUGAUGCGGGAUUGUUAUGAGGCAUUCGCAAUGUAUUGCUUUGAGAGAUAUUUGAUAGCAUGCUUAGGCGGGGAGGAAAGUACCAUCAGAUACAUGGAGGAUCAGUUUCAACCCAGUGAUAGUUCUCCUCUGCUAGACGUUGAUUAUGAUUAUGGUAUUGUGAAACAUCCAUUCCCAUUGAACUGGUUUAUGAGAAACUGGUACCUCGGUCCUGACUUUUAUUAUGCCGUGAAGAUUGGGAUUGUGCAAUACAUGAUACUCAAGCCUAUUUGUGCUAUCUUGGCAAUUUUGCUAGAACUUCUGGGUAUCUAUGGAGAAGGAAAAUUUGCAUGGAGAUAUGGGUACCCAUAUUUGGCUGUUGUUCUAAAUUUCAGCCAGACAUGGGCAUUGUACUGUCUUGUACAGUUCUACACUGCUACCAAGGAGAAGCUGGAACCUAUUAAGCCCCUGUCCAAGUUUCUAACUUUCAAAUCUAUUAUAUUUUUGACAUGGUGGCAAGGUAUUGCUGUUGCAUUUCUGUUUUCAACUGGGCUUUUUAAUGGACAUCUGGCACAAAGUUUGCAAACACGUAUCCAGGAUUAUAUAAUAUGUCUGGAGAUGGGGGUGGCGGCAGUGGUUCAUAUGAAAGUAUUCCCAGCUAAGCCCUACAGGCGUGGUGAGAGAAGUGUUUAUAAUGCUGCUGUCAUGUCUGAUUAUGCAUCCCUGGGGGCUCCAGAUCCUGAAGAAGAACGAGAGAUUGAUAAUUUAACAAUCAUGGAAACCUCUCGCCCUGAUUCCAGAGACAGGCGGUUGAGUUUUCCUCAGAGUGUUCGUGAUGUUGUGUUAGGAAGCGGUGAAAUUAUGGUCGAUGAUGUCAGAUACACAGUCUCCCACGUCGUCGAGCCCAUGGAAAGGAGUUUCACGAAGAUAAAUAAGACACUCCACCUAAUAUCUGAGAAUGUAAAGCAGAUUGAGAAGCAGAAGAGGAAGGCAAAGGACGACAGCCAUCUUAUUCCGCUGGAAUCAUGGUCAGAGGAAUUUUCAGAAGCUCAAGAUCAGGUUCAAGGUGGUAGUUUUAGUGACAGUGGAUUAGCUAGGAAAAGGUACAACAAAUUUCGCAGACUCCGCAGGUGGUUCUAGCAGUCUGGUGGUGGGUUUUAACCACGGCGGCUAACCUUUACCCAGAAGUAGAAGUUUAUACAUCAUUUAGGACACACUGAGGCAAAAGAAAGGUGAUUCCGGUGACUAAUAGUUUGCAGGAUGGCUUCGGAGCUUCCCUAGUUCCUUCUGUUUAUAGCUGACCCUGGCUCAGUUUCAGGAGGUGCUGUUACGUGGGUUUUUCUAUGAGAGGGGCCUUGUUUGGUACAGGCAAAAAAAUUAGGCUCCGAUAAUUACUGAUGUAACCAACCCCCAGGCUUCUUUGGAUUAACAUACACUGAAGGGAGAUAUUUGUACGACUGGAUGAACAUUUUUCAAUCAAAUCCUUAAAGCACCUUUAGUUUUGAA